AUGAUUUGUACCGGUAAAUCUAUUGAUCCACCACUAUCCACUGACCAAAUUCACAAAAUCCUAAGGAAUAGAUUUAAUCCAUUGAUUGUUGAUGAAAAGUGGGAUGUGAUUGUGAUUGGAUCAGGUUUAUCAGGACUAACAGUAGCAAAAGUACUGGCAGCUGCGGGUCGUAAAGUGCUUGUGCUGGAGCAGCAUGAUCGAGCUGGUGGCUCAUGUCAUACAUUUAAACUUAACAAUUAUGAAUUUGAUGUUGGUUUGCAUUAUGUGCAGGAUAUGUAUUCUGGAAAAGAGCUAUAUCAAAUUUGUUCAGCCAUUACAGAUUCACAAGUAAAGUGGCAAGAAAUGGAUGAACCAUUCGACACUGUAAUAAUUGGAAAACGAUAUUAUGGUCGAACAGCUGGGGAUAGUAUGCAUUUUCGUGAUCAGUUAAAAUUGUGGUUUUCAAAAGAAGCGGAUAGUAUCGAAAGCUAUUUUGAUUAUGUUUCAAAAUGUUUCAAUACCAAUUUUUGGUGGUUGAUUGGUGUAAAAUUCAUACCGCUGUUCUUCAUCCACUUACUCUCCAAAUUCAAUUUUAUCAAUUCCUUUACCAAAUUAUUCCAAUAUUUCGAAUUGAACCUAUUGGAUGUUAUGAAGAACUAUGGACUUAGUGCUGAAGUGAGAGCUGUCAUCAGUUAUUAUUUUGUUAAUUACGGUGUUCCACCCAAUCGUGCAUCAUUCUUUCAACAUCAUCUAUUUCUUAUGGAAAAUGGAUAUUAUCCAAUAGGUGGUGCAGCAUUACUUAUAGCUAGCAUCGUUCGUUCGAUUGAAAAAUUUGGCGGAAAAGUAAUUGUGCAAGCAGAUGUGGAACAAAUUGUGUUUGAUAGUGGGAGGGUCAAUGGAGUGAAGGUAAAACAUGGCUGUUGUGAAUAUUUCAUUCAAACAGCAUUGGUUGUUUCAACAGCUCCAAUUAUUAAAACAUUCAAUGAGCUAAUACCUCAAAGUAUCACUCAAAAUUCGGUUAUGUUUAAAAUGGUUAAUCAACUUAAUUCACUGGACAUCGUGCCAGUUGGUGGAUUUCAAGCAUAUAUUGGUUUAUCUGGAACCCAAAGCAAUUUCCAGUUACCAUCGAAUAAUUUUUUUUGGUACAAAAAUAAUAAUCCUUAUGAGUUCGAUCAUUAUUUAAGUUUGUCAUUCUCAGAAGCAAUAGAGUAUGGUUGUCCACCGCAAAUUUUUAUCUCCUUCCCAUCAGCCAAAGAUCCAACAUGGGAUGAACGAAAUCCUGGCACUUCGACAUGUCAAUUAAUUUCGCUAGCAAAUCCUGCUUGGUUCGAAGAAUUUAAAGAUACAUCUAGAAAGAAAUUCAUAAAACGAUUGAAUGGAUCAAAGUAUACGGAAUUGAAACAUUUAAUUGGUGAAUUGAUAGUAAGUCAAUUCUUGACCCUGUUUCCAAAUCUUAAAUCACAUAUAACGUAUGUUAAUUUUUCAACUCCAUUAACUCAACAAUAUUAUAUGCAAAAUGUGCAUGGCGAAUACUACUCAUUAACACAACAACUUGAUCGGUUUAAAUUGAAAUUUUGGAGCGAAUUAAGGUGCAAAACAGAUUUACCUGGUCUCUACCUUUCAGGACAAGAUGUUCUCUUUUGUGGUAUUGCAAGUGUAUUAUACAGUGCUUUGCUGACAGCUGGAAAUAUAUUGGGACGUAAUCUAUUGCAAGAUCUAAAGGAAGCUUACAACAAACAAACAGUUUGUGAUCGAAAAUAA